AUGACGACCACCAACGACGACGAACCGAAGCUCAUCGAGACAGAGACCAAAAAGUUUUGGGGAAUCAUUGGCAAGGGUCCCUUUGAUGGCUGUGGUGCUGCCUUUAAAAAGCUUGGGGAACUCCAAAAGAAGGUCUUUGCUGAUGAUGAUGACAAUAAGAUUCGCACGGCCAUGUUGGUGCUCUGUGAUGUCCCCAAUACCAAAAACAAGGAAGAUUUGGUGUGGGCGGCCGCCAUGCUCAUUCCGGACUCUGUGGAAUCCAAGGUGCCCGAGGGGUUGGAAGAAAUUGUGGUGGAGGGACGUCGCUGUGCCACUUCGAUGCAUCGUGGUGGAUACGAAGGAUUGCCCAAAUCGUGGGGGCAGUUGUGCAUGAAAUGGAUUCCAUCCCAAAAGUUGCGCCCCUGCAAGGGUUCCCGGGAAUGUCCUCAUUAUGAAGUUUACAUGAAUGAUUGUUCAAAUGGAACCAAAAAGGAAGACCUGGAGACCCAGCUCUUUGCUCCCGUGGAGCCGGCGGAGGAAAAUGAAGAAAAGAAACAAGCGGACGCGGGAGACUGCUGCAGCAGCAACAACAAGCAUCCUCUGGAGGAGGAUGACAAAAAGAAGCAAGAGGAACCCGAGGCCAAAAAGGCAAAGGAAUAA